GGAGAGUAGUUACAUCGGCGCGUCUACUUGAUUUUUAAAAUUUAUGUUGGUUAUAACGGUUAUUUGAUCGAAUUUUAGUGCAGGCAAGAAAAGUGCAAGUGGAUUUUCUUGCGACAAUAACGAACACCCAGAAAUAAACUCAUUGUGUACUGUAUGAUCAGAACGUUUCGAGUGUUAAUUAGUGACAAAUUUUUUAAUUGAAUUUAAUAUUGUCCGGUACGGCUAUUGUACUGCAACAUAUUUCACCGAAACGGAUAACUCAAUUAAUUCACAAGAUGACCAGGUAUUUAUUAAUUGCUACGGCAAUUAUAAAUACUUUGAGUGGAGCCAUAGCAGUUGAAUCAUACAGUUUCGUGCAUCAUCAUGAACCACAACACCAUUCCUCGUACAACAGUCCUUUCGUCAGCCAUUCGCACUAUUCCGAGCCGGCACCAGCUCGGAAAUAUGGCGGAACUCCAGACGCACACAGUCAAUAUUAUGCACCAUAUCCCCAAGCUCAACACUUGUACGGACCAAUUCGUCCAGCUUAUUUUAGUGGUAGCGCUGCAGGUAUUACAUGUGCCGCCGAACCGGCAUCCUGUGCUAAAUCAAGAUAUCGAACAUUGGAUGGCACGUGUAACAAUUUGCGAAAUCCACUGUUGGGUGCUGCUAAUACCAGAUAUGGUCGGCUGAUAUCACCGAAGUACGGAGAUGGAGUAUCGUCACCAUCUGUUUCGCUGACUGGUGAGGAGCUACCUGCUGCUCGACUUGUAUCGCUUGUCAUUUUUGACGAACAAGAUGUCCCAGAUCCACAGUACACAUUGUUCAACAUGCAAUGGGGUCAGAUCAUGACCCACGACAUGAGCAUGUUGGCCGGUUCGACACAGUCAAAAAAACAUGCAACACGUUGCUGUACCGAUGAUGGCAAACUCAUCGCUAAGACCAACGCGCACAAAACAUGCUAUCCGCUAAUUGUCCCGAAAAAUGAUCCGGCCCACUCUCAGACACAAACCGAAUGUAUGAAUUUUGUGCGAACAUUAACCGAUCAAGAUCAAAACUGUCCGAAAGCUCACAUCCAAGCUGAGCAGUUGACUGUGGUAACGGCAUAUUUGGAUUUGUCGUUGGUGUAUGGUAAUAGUGAACAACAGAAUCAACCUAUUCGAGCCUUCCAAGGCGGCCGUAUGGUCGUUGUUGAACGUGAUGGGUAUGAAUGGCCACCACAAGCAAGGAAUGCGACAGCCACUUGUGAUGUUCAAUCCAGUGAUGAGAUUUGCUAUAUGACUGGAGACGUGCGAACGAAUCAGAAUCCGGGCCUAGCUAUUUUACAGAUCAUUUUAUUGCGAGAACAUAACCGUAUAGCCGAUGUGUUGCAACAUUUGAAUCCGCAUUGGGAUGAUGAGUUGACAUUCCAGGAGGCUAGACGAAUUAACACUGCCCAGUAUCAACACAUCAGUUACUACGAAUGGUUGCCAAUAUUUUUGGGCGCUGAAAAUAUGUUGAAAAAUCGAUUGAUCUACAAAACGAAGCCCGGCAGUUAUGUGAAUGAUUAUGAUCCCACCAUUGAUCCAUCUGUAUUGAAUGCACAUGCAACAGCUGCCUUCCGCUAUUUCCAUUCUCAAAUCGAGGGUCGACUAGACUUGAUAUCCGAAAUUCGAUCGAGCACCGGAGCCCUUCGACUUAGUGAUUGGUUCAAUCGUCCUGCUAUUAUCGAGGCUAAUGAUAAUUACGAUUCAUUGACUCGAGGACAUGCAACCCAACCGCAAGAAUUGACUGACAACAAUUACGACGCUGAAAUUAAACAUUUCUUGUUCCGUGGCAAUCGACCAUUUGGCGGAGACUUACGCGCCAUUGAUAUUCAACGAAAUCGUGACCAUGGUCUGGCCAGUUACAACGAUUUCAGAGAAUUUUGCGGUCUACGUCGUGCUCACGACUGGAACGAUUUCUUGGAUCUCAUAUCGCCGGAACAUGUUUCCAAAUUGCAGACUCUCUACAAUACAAUCGAAGAUGUUGAUUUGACUGUUGGUGGCUCAUUGGAAUCCCAUGUGGAAGGUGCUUUGGCUGGUCCAACUUUCUUAUGUAUUUUGACGGAACAAUUCUUCAGAACUCGAGUGGGAGAUAGAUAUUUCUAUGAAGAAGGCGACAAAGACGUUGCUUUCUCGAGAAGUCAAUUGUCCGAGAUUCGAAAGGCUAGCAUUGCUCGUUUGAUAUGUGACAACAGCAAUCAUAUUGGAUCAAUUCAACCGAAAGCAUUUUUACGAGUUUCCAAAACGAACGAAUUGGUAUCUUGUGCGGAAAUACCAGUUGUUGACCUAUCUCAAUGGAAAGAUUUGUCAGUGCCGAACAUACAAUACCACCACUAUCACGAUUAUGGCCUAAAGAAAUAAGUUGAAAUUGUCGACCGUAUGCAAUGAGUCCUGGUUUUUUCAACAAAUUGGACGUGAAAUGUGUUAUGCUAAAGCAAAAACAAAAAAUCAUUCUAACCGGUAUGCGUCUAAAGAGUGAAACAGCGCCACUUUCUUUGUCCAAAUAAUUUGAUCUAAAAUUCAAUUCGUACAGCCGCUGAAAAUUUCGUGUAGCGUUUGGAAAUGGUGCUUAAACUCCAGCCACCGUUUCGCUGUUCAGCGGCUGUGUUUCACCGUCAGGUGGGUCUAUUUUCAGUGAUUUAAUUCCUAAAAAGUGCUAAAACCUCCUAAAUUUAAGAAUUCCAGAGUUUAAGAAUUUUAGGGAAUUUUUCAAUAAUUUUUAGGAAUUAAGUUAGGCUGUCGCGUAAAUCUUAUUCCUUGCAUCAAGUUUUUAUAAGAAAAAAUCGUUGCACCCUAGACGCACCAUAGAAGAUUUUCCUUUGUUUAGUAUAAAGUUUCACGUCGAUAAAAAGCAAGUUGUUGAAUAUGCCUCGACUUAUUGUACGUAAGUUGUAAAUUUUCAAUUUUUCUUUAAGUUACUUUAAGUAUUGAUUUUCAAUCGGCUCAACGCUCAACCGAGUUGAUUUGACAAUCCAUUUUGAAUGUACAGCUCUCCUUUAUUUAUAUGCUUUAGUGUUUAGGAAAACUUUCAAUUUUUAUGUAAAAAAAACCCCUCUCUGAAAACAGCUUGCCAUUAUUCCUAAUCUUUUAGUGUAAAAUAGUGAAAUUGUAUUAAACAAAAAAAAAAUGGGGAUCAAAUGUUACGUUUCUUGAGGAACGUGGAUGUUGAUAUGCGGAAAUUUUGAUAAUAAAAUCAUUUACUUUAAUUGAA